GUCUCUUUUUUCAGCUCCACAGAUGAACAGUUUCGCUGGAAUGCUCAAGCAGAUGGACAAAAGGACAUCGAGGAUGAGUUAACGACUGGUUUAGAGUUAGUGGACUCUUGCAUUCGCUCUCUACAGGAAUCAGGAAUCCUUGACAGCGGAGAACGACCGGCUCUUCUUUCCCAGAGUUCCUUGCAGCUCAACUCCACCCCGGAGGCUUCGCUCCAGUACUCUGCCAGCUACCAUAGCAACCAGACCCUCGCCCUUAGCGACAGCAUUUCUGCAGCAACUCCUCAGCGCAGCGGGCAGGUUGGAGGAGCCGUGCACAGCUACAACCAGGUGACAUCUAGUCGUGCAGCCCAGCAGCAACAAUCACAAACUGGAGCAGGAUCAGGAAUUUACUACUCCAGCUCUACUUUACCUGCUCAGCGGGUCAGUUCCCCCCUUUCUGGGGGAGGAGGCUCAGGGUCAGGUUCUCCCAGUAAACACCAGCGUUUGGGAUCAGCCUCCGACACGCCAGGUUAUUCCACCACCCAGCGCCUGCCUUCCUCUUCCCCCUCCUCCUCUCCCAGCAAACAGUCUCCUGCUAACCGACUGGCCAAGUCAUACAGUACCACGGUUGCUGUGACAACAGCAGGAGGUGGGUCACCACUGAGGGUGGCAUCUCCGUCAAAUUCUACAGCAACAGGAGGAGGGAACAGUUCAUCAUCGUCCCCUCUUCACCAGAUGAGUUCUGGCAUAGGGAGCUAUGCCACUUUGUCUCCUAAGCGUCUGGCAGCUCACCACGCUUCUGACCAAUACAAGAUCUCACACGAGCUCUACGCUACUGCUACACUACAGAGGCCUGGCAGUCUGGCAGGCUCUCGUGGCUCCUACAGUAGUCAACACAGUCAAGAAGCUCUCCGGCCCUUAGGGUCCCCCGAGCACUACAUAGAUCCUAUCUAUGAGGAACGUGUCUAUCACAACAAGGGCCCUAUGAGGAGCCUUAGUCAGAGCCAGGGACCAGAUACAGGCCCCUACCGCAACAACACUGAGCUGAUGAUGCAUGUCCAUAGCCACGUCCGUGACCUAAGUUAUGUCCUUUGUCCCUACUUUGCCCCCAUAGCACCCUCUUCCCCUGGUGUCGACUCCACCCCUUUGCAGCGAACAGGAAGUCACGGCACCGGCACAGGCAGCUACAGCCGUGGCGGGACCAACAACUAUGCCACGGUGGGGCCAGGAUACACUUCAAGCGCCGGUGGAGGAGGCGGAGAUGUUUACGGGUCGGACCCUUACGUGGCGGACCCCUACCGCACCCUGCAGUACUGCCCCUCGGUGGUGGAAUCUCCUUACAGCAAGUCCGGGCCAGCCCUGCCGCCUGAAGGAAGCCUGCAACGUUCACCUUCCAUCGAUUCCAUUCAGAAAGACCCGAGAGAGUUUGGGUGGAGAGAUCCGGAGCUGCCAGAGGUGAUCCAGAUGUUACAACACCAGUUCCCAUCGGUGCAGUCCAAUGCUGCAGCUUACCUGCAGCAUCUGUGCUUCGGAGACAACAAGAUUAAAGCUGAGAUCCGUAGACAGGGAGGCAUCCAGCUGCUGGUUGAUCUGCUGGAUCACAGGAUGAGUGAAGUCCACCGGAGCGCUUGUGGAGCAUUAAGGAAUCUGGUAUAUGGCAAAGCCAAUGAUGAGAACAAAGUGACCCUGAAGAACUGUGGGGGGAUUCCUGCUUUGGUCCGUCUGCUUAGGAAGACCGGGGAUGUGGAAAUCAGAGAGCUUGUAACAGGUGUGCUGUGGAACCUGUCGUCGUGCGACGCCCUGAAGAUGCCGAUCAUCCAAGAUGCACUUGCAGUUCUGACCAACAGCGUCAUCAUACCGCACUCCAACUGGGACUCAUCCCCUGGUCACCUCGAUGACCGCAAACUCCACCUUCACACCUCCCAGGUGCUGCGCAAUGCCACAGGCUGUCUCAGAAAUGUAAGCUCAGCAGGUGAGGAAGCGCGACGGAGAAUGAGAGAGUGUGACGGCCUUACAGAUGCUCUGCUCUACGUUAUUCAGAUCUCCUUGGGGAGCAGCGAGAUCGACAGCAAGACUGUAGAGAACUGUGUUUGUAUUCUGAGGAAUCUGUCAUACAGACUGGCUGCUGAGACAUCCCACGGCCAGCAAGGUGGUCUCGAAGAGCUGGAUGGGCUGCUUUGUGAUUCAAAUGGAUGUGAAGGGGAGAGCUCCGGUUGCUGGGGGAAGAAGAAAAAGAAAAAGAAGGGAGCUGAGCAGUGGGAUGGCGUGAGUCCCUUUCCCGACACAGCCGAGCCUCCCAAAGGGGUUCAGAUGUUGUGGCACCCCACCAUUGUGAAGCCAUACCUCACUCUGCUUUCUGAAUGCUCCAAUCCCGACACGCUCGAAGGCGCCGCCGGAGCCCUACAGAACCUCGCUGCAGGCAGCUGGAAGUGGUCAGUGUACAUUCGGGCCGCUGUCCGUAAAGAGAAAGGCCUUCCCAUUCUGGUGGAGCUACUGAGGAUAGACAACGACAAAGUAGUUUGUGCCGUCGCCACAGCUCUCCGAAACAUGGCGCUGGACAUCAGGAACAAGGAGCUUAUAGGAAAGUAUGCCAUGAGAGAUUUGAUCCAUCGGCUACCGGGCAGUAGUAGCAGCAGCAACAAUAACACCACCAGCAUUGGAACGUCGGGCAAUACAGGCACUCCCAGCAAGGCCAUGUCAGACGAUACGGUAACUGCCAUAUGCUGCGCACUACAUGAAGUGAUAACCAAGAAUAUGGAGAAUGCAAAAGCUCUACGCGACUCUGGCGGGAUCGAAAAACUCAUCGGCAUCGCCCGCAGCAAAGGAGACAAACACUCAGCAAAAGUGGUAAAAGCAGCCUCUCAAGUCCUCAGCAGUAUGUGGCAGUACAGAGACCUGCGCUCCCUCUACAAAAAGGAUGGUUACUCCCAGCAUCAUUUUGUGGGUUCUGCCUCAACAAUAGAGAGAGACAGACAGAGACCCUACUCUUCUUCACGAACUCCCUCCGUUUCUCCCGUCAGGACAUCCCCAAAUAACCGCUCCGCAAGCGCUCCUGCCUCCCCCAGAGAGAUGACAAGUCUGAAGGAACGCAAGAUAGACUAUGAUUCCACGGCAACCAACGCUGGUUUCCAUAGCAACAAAGGAGAGCAUGCAUCCCGGAAAGACGGCAUGGCAGUUCAAGUGUCCUGCGGGUCGUCUACGUUGUUCCGAAACUCUUACCUGACUGCCAGCGAUGAAAUCAAGCAAAACCAGAGUCCAGCCCCGCCCUGCGUUGUGCCCCCUCAGCCCCAGCAGGACAGCCCGUCAGCAACCAUGCUAAAAGACUAUGACCUCUACCCCCCUCCUCCGUCCUUCCCCCAGCCGCAGCCGCCGCAGCCUCCACCUCACAGCCAGAGUCGGAGCUUCGACGAGGCCUACUACGACGACCCGGGACCGCCGCCUGCACCGCCGCAGCUGCAGGCGCAGGCCCAGCCUCAGGCCCAACCCCAGCCGCCUCCAAACGCCACCGGACCACCGCGAGACCCCCGGGAGGACCUUCGAAUGCACCUGGGCCUCAAGUCGACGGGCAACUACGUAGACUUCUACUCAGCCUCACGGCCGUACAGCGAACUGAACUACGAGACGAGCCACUACCCGGCUUCGCCUGAUUCCUGGGUGUAGUUUGACCGUGACGAUGGGAGGGAGGGGGCAAGAGACGGUCUGUGUGUGCUUGUGUGACAGGGAUUAUUUUUUUUGCAGGAGAUUAUUGGCAGACUACAACAAGGUUAAUCUAAGUGGCAGUUUGUAAAAGGGAAAAAAAAGUAAGACCUUAAAAUAUAAUAGGAAAUUUGUGUUUUUAAAAAAAUAGCUGUGAAUGAAUUCGACGGAGCAAGAAGGGAAAUCAAUCAGUGACAAAGAGAAACUGUGCAUGUGCAUGCCAACAUUUUUUAUUAUUAUUAUUUUUAUUUUUUCUAGACCACCUUACCUUUUUUAAACUUAGCUCCAUUUCAUCCCAAAUUGGAGUAAGCGGGAGUUGAUAUGAAGAAGUACAGCGUGUAUAAGAAGUGGGGGGUGG